AUGAGCACCCUCGUUCACAACACCGUCGAACGCCUCGACCGGCCGAGUGCCUACUACCUGGGCAAGAACAAGCGUCGCAAGUUCAGCCACGAUGAGAUCGAAAAGCCUGAAGAUCCCGUCGACAACCUCAAGGAUGCCACCACUCUCUACGUCGGUAAUCUUUCUUUCUACACCACCGAAGAACAGAUCCAUGAGCUAUUUGCCAAGUGCGGCGAGAUUAAGCGUCUAGUUAUGGGUCUGGAUCGGUACAACAAGACCCCCUGCGGAUUUUGCUUCGUCGAGUACUACACCCACCAGGAUGCGCUGGAUUGUUUGAAAUACAUUGGUGGCACAAAGCUGGAUGAGAGAAUCAUUCGGACGGAUUUGGAUCCUGGGUUCGAGGAGGGUCGGCAAUACGGACGUGGUAAAUCGGGUGGUCAGGUCCGCGACGAAUACCGCGAGGAAUACGACCCUGGCCGUGGUGGCUAUGGACGUGCCUAUGCGGAUGACCAGCGACGACGGGAGGAAGAGGAGUACGGCAAGGGUAAGUAA